ACAGGAAGAGCCUUAUACUUUAUACUAUGAGCUUUAUACUCAGUAUUUCAGAGAAAUAGGGAAGAUAACGAAAGAGGGGUAGAAAAGAGAGGAAGAAAAGGAAUAGAGGCCUAUGGUGUUAAAUGAAGCUCAGUGGAGUGUGGAAAAUGGAAUAAUGACGAAAAGCUUUGUGGAGAGUGAUCCUGUUUCCAACACUGCUGCUGACACAGCAAACCACCUAUCAGAACAUAAGACAGAGGGAGCAGAGCAGCCUGACCCUUCGAGAAUAGAGGUGGUGUCAGUGACGGAGGAAGACCUCCCCACUGUUGAGACCCCCAACACAGUUAAUGUCAGCCCGCUGGGAAGUUUUACUGCUGACAGUCAGUCAGACAACAAUUCAGCCAGACCUGAAGAGCCUCAACCUGCACCCAGUCCCACCAUGCCAGUCACUAAGGUGCAACCAUUUAUGCGAGAUGAGGACUUGCAGAAAAGCUGGAAGGAGAGACUGAUGUCUCAUCGCUUUGAGCUGCUGAUUGCUUCCUGCGUCAUCGUGGUAGUCACUCUCGCUCUCAGCAUCGGACUUGGAGUGGGUCUGAGCUGCGUGGGCAGGUUUCGCUGUGGCUCGUCGUCUCAGUGCAUCAGAUACUCUGCUCAGUGUGAUGGAGAGGUGAACUGUGACAAUGGAGAGGAUGAGCUUGGCUGUGUGCGUUUGAGUGGGCGGAGCUCAGUGCUGCAGGUCCAGAAAGGGGGGGUAUGGAGGACAGUUUGCUCAGAAGACUGGAACAACUGGCUUGGGCUCAGUGCCUGCAAACAGCUGGGUUACUCAAGAUAUGUGGAGUCAUUCUUCAUUUCGCUGAACUCCAUUGAACAAGAACUUCAGCACAAUCUUGUGUCCAUCAACUUGAGCCAGUCACAGAUCAGCAAGCUCCAGAACACCACAAUCUUCAGUAAGACUCAGUGCAGCUCAGGCAAAGUGACCACUCUGAAAUGUCUGGAGUGUGGUUUCAGACCUCAGUACAACACUCGUAUUGUUGGAGGCAACAUCUCUAAACCAGGUCAGUUCCCCUGGCAGGUCAGUCUCCACUACAGCAGUGAGCACCUAUGUGGAGGCUCAAUCAUAACAUCCCACUGGAUCCUCACUGCAGCACACUGUGUGUAUGGGUUUGCUGACCCAUCCAUGUGGGCUGUCCAUGUGGGCCUGACAGUGCAACCAGACAAUGGGGCCCAAUCGCUAGCUGUGGAGCAGAUUAUCUACCAUGCUCGCUACCGGCCCAAAAAACUGGACUUUGACAUUGCACUGAUGAAACUGGCAGUGCCACUUGUUUUCAAUGGCUUUGUGGAGCCCAUCUGCCUGCCUAACCAUGGGGAGGAUUUUGUGGAGGGAACACUGUGCUGGAUCUCUGGAUGGGGAGCAACAGAGGCAGAUGGAGAGUCCAGUGUGGUUCUACGCUCAGCCAUGGUUCCACUCCUCUCCACCAAGACCUGCAACCAGCCAGAAGUUUACAAAGGCUUUAUCUCCUCCUGGAUGCUAUGUGCUGGAUAUCUGGAGGGAGGAGUUGACUCUUGUCAGGGGGACAGCGGUGGUCCUCUGGCCUGUGAGGAUGCAUCUGUGUGGAAGCUGGUUGGAGCAACCAGCUGGGGGAUUGGAUGUGCUAUGAGGAACAAGCCAGGCGUUUAUACUCGCAUCACUCAGUCACUUAGCUGGAUCCACCAACAGAUGGAGAGAGAAGAGGAUCAUGUUUCGCCCACAGCGAGCACAAACUGAAUCUGCUGCAGCUAGUCCUUACUGGAAUCUGUUGGGAGUUUUUACUUUGACAAAGCCGGU